AUGGCCAACAAGAGCUCCGCAGUGGCAGACGAGCCAAUUGAUGUGCUCUUUGCCCUGCAUCCCAAGUUCAACCUUCUCGACUUUGCUGGGCCCCUCGAGGUUUUGACCUCGGCCCUGCACGACGACGAGGAUCCCACCUCCAAGGCCUUCGAGGUCACCAUCGCUGCCGCCGAGCCUAAGGUGCUCUCGGAGCAGGGCGUCAUCGUCGGCUCGCAAUGCACCUGGAAGGAGGCCCACGAGCGCCUCGACGAUUUCGACGUGCUUGUCAUCCUCGGCGGCAACAGCGAUGAGAUCCUCAACCAGAAGGCCGAGCCGCUGAGCCUCAUCGCGGCCUACUCAGAGCUGCAAAAGAAGGAUCCGAGCCGGGAGCGCACCUUGCUCUCCAUCUGCACCGGCUCGUUGUUCCUCGCAGAGGCGGGCAUCCUGUCUGGCCUGUCCGCUACCACCCACCCGGACUACUUCACCAAGUUUGAAAACUUGUGCAGCCACGCCGUCGUCCGCGACCUUGGCGAGCACACCGACGUCAUUGAAGACGCUCGCUACGUCGUUAACAACCUCCGCUUCGAGCUUGGCGACGAGGAUGAGAAUCCCUACAUCCGCCGCAAGUCGGAUGCCGGCCGCCGUCCGUCAAACGCUCGUAAGGGCUCGAUGUCAUUCAAGGGCGCAUCGCGCAGGGAGUCGAUUGCCCGCCGCGCCGCGAUGCGCCUUGGUGGCCUGCGUGUCAUCACCAGCGGCGGCGUGGCGGCUGGCAUCGACGCGACCUUGUACCUGCUCAGUGUCCUCGUUGACGAGGAGACUGCCAACAAGGUCGCCCACCGCAUCCAGGUGACCUGGACGAAGGGUGUUGUUGUGGAUGGUCUUGAUGUGUAA